GGCUAGAAAAGUAAUUACUUGUUUGGAGAAAGAAUUGCAGUUAACAAUUAGUGGGGCACAAGUUCAGUUCAACAAAUUAAAGUCACAACUAAGUCUUGAAAAUGAGAGCUGCAUGAGCUUGUUUGGGUUUGGAUAGUUUAGGACCACUCGUCCUAGCAGUGGCUGAAACCGUGCCCUAAUUUAAAAAAAACUUCCUUAUUCCAGUUCUUGGUGAACGAAUUAUGCAUGGGCAUAAACAUGGGUAUGGUUAUGAUCAGAAUGUCCAGGUCAGGCUGGAUCAAUAAACAAAUAUCAGUCCAAACUGACAUGUGCAGGUGAGUGCAGGAUAGAUUGUGAGUUUUGAUUACCCUCAAUCUUGAUUAUCUGAGGAUUACUUUAAUGUGGCUGUUCCAUUAGUUCAUUAUAAUUUUGUCAUCUACAAUUCCCUUGAAGACCUUCAGUGGAUAAACAAAAUGACUGACAGCUUUAAAGCAAAUCAAACUAAUUAGUUUAUAAAAAGAUUGGAGUCACAGAAUGGGUAACACACACACACACACACACACACUGCAUAUGCAACAGGAUGUUGGAAACUGCUAGUUAUCAGCUCAUGUUACCACUUACCUGUAGUCCAGUGAGCCAGAAAUAGUACCGUGCCACCUGCUGCCUAGAUCCUGUUGCAUUUCCAAUCACUUAAAGAGGGACUGAUUAAUUCAAUUAUUCAGGCAUCCAUUUUCAUGGAUUACAGCAGAACGGAACAUGUUUGGUCCGUAAUGUAUGUUGUUAAGGACAGGGGAGAUUUUUAUUUGUUUUGUUGUUUUUUUUUGGGCACAGCAAGAGUUGAUUAGAGUGAUCAGAUUUUGACAUCACCUUACAAACGUUAAGUGGUUAAUGCUUGUGACAGUCCGAAAACAACAGUAUGUACAAUAAAUCAAUGCAACUUUCUUUUUUUUUUAAACAGCUAAAUAUGUCUUCACCAGUGAAGGGUCCCAUAUAAUUUAAGAUUAAACGGCCAACAGUAGUUUGCAUACCCUUUACAUAAACCUCAGGUAUGACUUGCAAUGGCACCUGUCCCUUUGCUACUCCCAUCAUGCCUUGGGUGUAAAUAAUCCAAAACAGUGAUGCAUUGCUGCAUGUAUACUUGUCAUGCUUGUUCACCUGCUCAUAUUUCUGUACUUGGUGUACUAGCGCCACCUUUUAUCAGACGUGAUCGGUGGAGUCGUAUGACGAUUCUUCCACUAACUUUUGACUGUAAACGUAGCUGCGUUUUUUUUCAUUUGUUUCAAGCAAGUGGAAACUGGGGAGGAGAGAAAACGAAGGGCAAAAUGUUGCCCUCCUCGGUGGCUUUUGUUCCUCUGUGUCUUUGUAGGGCUUGCACUUGCUCAGUGGAGCAAAGCAUUUAAGUGGGCCACAAGGGAGUGCCUGAAUGGUGAGGCAGGAGGUGUGUUGUCUGUGUCAAUGUGUGUGUGUAUUUGUGUGUGUGUUUGUGGAGGGGGAUGGGGUGAGGCAACGAGAGUGUGUUGUGAUGCAGGGGCACUUUUCCUCAAUUAAGGUGAGCUCAGAUGGGCGCAUUAACUUGAACUUUUUUAAAGCACACUGUAGAACAGAAGUGUACAACCUCCAUCCUAAAGAGACUGUUGGUGUCGUGGAGCCUUUUAUCACCUUGGCAGCCUUAAAAACACACAACCUAACCUUUUGCCUUUACCAGUGGCGGUUUGUUUCUUAGUCAGACCACAGCUUUGUCUGGAAACAGAAGGCUUAGGUCUGACAGUCAUAGUAUAAGCGUACAUCCCCCUCCUCAGCAGUUGAAAAUAGUAGUGCUCUUGAAAGCAGAUGGUGUUGAGUUAAUGAAUCUCCGCUCUCUACUUUGUUUAAAGAAGCUGUUUAUUCUUCCAGUCUCUCCCUUCUUUAUGGAAGACUAUCCCUCUAUCAUCCAGAUUGAAUCACAAAUAAAGCAAUAGAUUUUAUCCUGAGUAAAGUAUGAUAUUGCAUGUAAGAAGAAGACUUUCCCUGGAGAGAUUUGGAGCUGUUCAGAGACCAGGCUUAAUUAACCAAGAGAGGCUUAUUCAUGGAAACUGUGAUGGGUAGGAGGUGGCCUUCCCCUGGAAGGACUGAGUGAUGUUAGCCAUACUAUUAUUAUCUCACAAACACAGGUUCACCGACAGAUUCAGACACGCACUUUAUGCUUAUCAUAAAACUUUCCUUGGUUACCAAGUAUUGUAAAUAGUUUCCGAUGCGCGACAAACUGUAACUUUUUGGUUUAAAACCUAGGAAUAAACUUUUACAAAACCCAAAACAAUAGAAGUCAUUUCUAGUUUUCUAGGCUUAAUUACAUCCAAGGUAACAUAAAACCUGUGAGAGCGUACUCUGACAAAAAGAAAAAGGCAACAUCUAUUUGACGUCUGUUAAAUAUUAACCUGUUUUAUGGCUGUGAACGUGGAGACUAGUCCAUGUGUCACUGAAGCAUGAGAUGUUUAGUACAUUGAGUACUCCUGGGCAGACACAGGCUCAGGUUGAUUUGCUUCAAAGAGAGAAUCAGCAGCAUUGAUUUAGCGCAGAACAGCCGGUGAAAACAGUGCAUGUUCCUUGUAGGCUUUGAUGACUAUAAUCUCACUCAGGCGUGCAUGUCCUUGGAAUAUCUUAGAAAGAAUUUGUAAAAUUGUAUUGUGUUUAUUUGAGCCUCACUGAAAAUAUUUACAAAUGGUUGUCAAAUGAAGUUUACAGAAGGAUUAAGAUUUCAUUUCUGUGGCGCCAUGCAGACCCCGGAAGCAGGCGCUGACUCCACCUCCACUGUCCCUCUUCAGACCACUGUGCCUGUCCAACCUGCGGGCUCCACCCAGCAGGUGCCUGUCCAGCAACAGGCCCAGACUGUUCAACAGGUUCAGCAUGUUUACCCAGCACAGGUGCAGUAUGUGGAGGAAAACAGUGGCGUCUACACCAAUGGCAACAUAAGGACCUACUCGUACUCAGAGCCACAGCUGUACAGCCAGAACAGUGGUGGAAGCUACUUUGACACACAGGGCAGUUCAUCACAAGUGUCCACCGUGGUCACAUCUCAUGGCAUGACCAGCAACGGAGGAGGGGGCGGUGGAGGAAUGACCAUGGGUCUAGCUGGGGGUCAGGUAAUCAGCAGCAGUGCUGGAGGGUACCUCAUGGACAACAGUGGACCACACCCUGCUACCCAGACAGCACGAGCCUCCCCUGCCACCUAUGAGUUAGGAAGUCGGGGUCAUAUCUGUGCACAAAGUGAAGAGCAGAAGCUGCUGCUGAAUAUUGAAAUGGCGAUUGAGACGCUCCAAAAAUCUGAGGGUUUAUCCAGUCAGAGAAGCUCACUGCUCAACAGCCAUCUCCAGUGGCUGUUGGACAAUUACGAGACAGCAGAGGGUGUAAGUCUGCCCCGAUCCACCCUCUACAAUCAUUACCUACGGCACUGCCAGGAGCAGAAACUUGACCCUGUAAACGCAGCCUCUUUUGGCAAACUCAUCCGCUCUAUCUUCAUGGGACUCCGUACGAGGCGCCUGGGGACGAGAGGAAACUCCAAAUAUCACUACUAUGGUAUACGUGUAAAACCAGACUCCCCACUCAACAGACUCCAAGAGGACAUGCAGUAUAUGGCUCUGAGACAGCAGCCUGUUCAGCAGAAACAGAGGUUCAAACCUGUGCAGAAGUUCGAUGGCAACUCUGGUGAUAACUACUCAGGCGGAGGUCAGCACCAGCCCGGUGCAGCAGAGCAAACAGUCAUUGCACAGAGCCAGCACCACCAGCAGUUUCUGGAUGCAUCGAGGGCCCUCCCUGACUUUGUGGAGCUGGACCUGGGACAAACUAAUACAGAGAACAUCAGUCCAGAGGAUGUGAAAGCUCUUCAGGUUCUGUACAGAGAGCACUGUGAGGCUAUUUUGGAUGUGGUUGUCAACCUUCAGUUCAGUUUAAUUGAGAAGCUAUGGCAGACAUUUUGGCGUUACACACCCCCUGACUCAGUAGAGGGCGCCACCGUAACAGAAAACAGCAGCAUUAGCGAGAUUGAAGCGCGACUCCCUCGAUCGCAGCUGUUGGCGCUGUGUAGAAAUGAAGCUGUGCUUAAAUGGAUGAGCACCUGUGACCAUCUCAUGUACCAGGCCCUUGUUGAGAUCCUCAUCCCUGAUGUCCUGAGACCCAUUCCCAGUGCCUUGACUCAAGCCAUUCGAAACUUUGCCAAAAGUCUGGAAGGUUGGCUGAAUAAUGCUAUGAAUGCCGUUCCGCAGAGAAUGAUUCAGACCAAGAUUGCCGCUGUCAGUGCCUUUGCACAAACUCUGCGCAGAUACACAUCUCUGAAUCACCUGGCUCAAGCAGCACGUGCUGUGUUGCAGAACACAUCGCAAAUCAAUCAGAUGCUGAGUGAUCUGAACCGAGUGGACUUUGCCAAUGUGCAGGAACAGGCCUCUUGGGUGUGCCAGUGUGAGGAGGGAGUGGUUCAGCACUUGGAGCAGGACUUCAAGGCUACACUACAGCAGCAAAGCUCUCUGGAGCAGUGGGCUGCCUGGCUGGACAACGUGGUCACUCAGGUGCUUAAGCCCUACGAGCAUCGACCCAGUUUUCCCAGGGCUGCUCGACAGUUUCUGCUUAAAUGGUCCUUUUACAGCUCUAUGGUGAUCAGGGAUCUGACCCUACGCAGUGCUGCCAGUUUUGGUUCCUUUCACCUGAUUCGCCUAUUGUACGAUGAGUACAUGUUUUAUCUGGUGGAGCAUCGUGUGGCCCAAGCUACUGGAGAGACACCUAUUGGUGUAAUGGGCGAGUUUGACAGCUUCAACACCUUAUCCCUCACUAACAUUGAUAAAGAUGAAACAAGUGGGAUGGACAGUGACUUAGAAGAGGACUCAGAGGAAUGUGGGGAGCCUCUCGCCAAGCGGGAAAAGUCUGAGCAUGAGGUGAUCCAGGUAAUCCAGGUCAGUGGACUAGACGAUGGUAGCCACCCCGUGGUGGGAGUGGUCCAGCCAACCGUUCUUCACCACUCUCUGCCUCAGCCCCCGCUGGACCACACUGAGCACAUCCUUACGCCCUCUGCUGGUACCCCCAACAUCCGCCACUGCAGCACAACAGGCAACACCUACGCCUCUGUCUGAGGGUGUGGCCAAAAAACAAAUUCUGGCAGAUUUUUUAACUGUUUCACCUUCACUGCAUAUCUUUCUCUCUGUAAGUCUUAAAUGUUUCUGUCUCUCUUCACACAUUGUCUCCGUCUGCAACCAGCCUCUCUCCCCUAGUGGAGAAGUGCUGAAAUACACUCUGGCUAAGUUGAGCUGUCUGUUUCUGACUGCUCAGAUACUGGAUGUGGUGUCAUCCAAUAAAAGUCUCUGCCACAACAACUGGUGGAGGAAAUGGAGUCAAAUGACCUGGUAAACAUUACUCGCUAAGUCAGUAACAAACAGCAGCUACCUGGUCUGUGUACGCUGACGAGCUUAACUCCUUCAAACUACUGACGUCUCAGAGCUCAAAUCAAGUCACCAGUCCCAGUGAAACAAAGUCAUAGUGUAGUAAAUCAUAGCUAUUAUUUGUUGUAAAUACUUUUCUUUCUUCCUUUAAUUGGUAUUACCCAAACAACAUGGUGCUAACGUUGUUUUUGCUUUGAAAUCUAGUUCUCUUUGCUGUUAUUGGUUGGUGUCAAUAGGCAUUCAAAUGAUGUUAUUGUCAUUGGCUGUCGCUAAAAAAACACAAAUGACUUGCUACAUAUGACCAUUUGUUUACAAAUCUAUCUGGUUUUCGUUCACCCAAAAUAACUAAUAGCUUUCAGCCACAUUAAAAAAAAAAAAAAAAUCAACUUAAAUAUUUGUGCUGCUACUCCUGUGUUUGUAUUUAGAAUACUGAGAACUUUGGCUCUGCACCACCGUUUUCUCAGUGCUAGCUUUUCUAUGCACAUUGUGCAUAGUGCUUGCCUUUGUUUGUAUUAGAUGCUCCGUAAUAUGUGUUUGCUGUGACGUGCUCAUUUACCGACAGGACACGUUCCACAGUUUCCCCCACGCCCCAACACCCCGGUUCCAAUCCAAAACAAUUUUCUUACGUUCAUAAAAAGGACCAAAAAAAACUGAACCCACGAGAGGAAACUGUCAGUGCCGCCCGAGAGCCGUUUCCUGUUACACAGUGCCAUGUUGCAGAACAGAAGGAAUGUCAGGGAUUUUAUGUACCUCGGCUUUAUCAUAGUGCCUUAUCCUUUUUAAUGCAGCUGCCCUUGUUGUCAUGACUGUGCGUUGUAGACGACCCACAGCCUCUCUGCAUUGUCCCAGCCCCAGAUGUUUAGCUUUCUGGUGACUUGUGGCUGGAUUUGGGCUGGCUUCAUCAGCAUUGAGACGGAGGAAUGCAGGCACAGACACAUCUGUUGUUUUCCCUCUGGAUCAGCUCUGCUACGCUCAUAACGCAUCUGAUUCGUGGUCCAUAGCCUCGAUCCUGCCCUACUUCUGCCAUCUAGAGGCCUGUUCUUGCAUUAGCCUUUGUUACUGGGUGAUGUCUACACACGAAUGUCUAAGUCCGUGCUGUGUUUUGUACAUACAUAUAUAUAUUUAUCUGUGUCUUGUGUGCUUGGAACACAUCUGUCAGUCACCCUACCUCAAACCAGUGGUGCCAGCCCUUUUUGACUCGUGCAGAACAGUCACCAAACACUUAUUGCACACACACACACACACAGACACACAGACACACAUCCCUGUACUGCACAGAUCUCAACGCGUUAAAGAAAACCUGCAUUGCUUUUUCUCUCACCUGAUUCUUUCGGUUCCUCGCCCGUAAAUGCUUUUGUCCUUUGUUCCCUGUUUGAAGAUCAUCUUUGUACAGUGGACCAAAAGUAGAUAUUUUCUGAUAAAGAGAGAGAGAGAUAUAUAUGUAUAUUAUAUAUAAUGAUAAAAAACACUACAUAUACUUGUUGCUUUAUAUGUUGUUGAUCUGAUCAUUUAUCUGUGUUAUUUUUGAUUGGUAGCGCCACACUGUAAUUAGUUUAUAGACUGAAGGCAUGGGUACUUUUGUUUUGUUUUUUGUUUUUUUUUUUAGAAUACUUGAAGGUUUUCAACCUUCGACAUUGUGAAGAAUAUUGAGAUUAAUCCCCUGAAUAGGAACGCUUGGCUGCGAUAUUUGUUUGUUUGGUUUUUUUUUUAUCUUGUUUAACAUGCUUGUUAAACUGUUGCGAUACUCUAAGCAUCUGUUUGGAGAAAUGUUUAUUUAUUGGUAUUUAUUGUGUUUUUGUUUAUGGAGAGACUUGUUAUAUUGGUACUGGAUAAUGAAUUGUGAAUGACACUUACUGCAAAGAGCAGACCUACUGUACAGAAGGACCGGAAACUUCUUUUGCUUAUUUUUUUCUUCCUUCUUUGUAAGUCUUGCAUUAUUUUGAUUGUUGAUCUUUAAGGAGGGGUUGGUACUAUUUCUUUGUAGUAAUCAGUCCAUGACGUUCUAUUACAAAUCCAAAAAAAAAAUCCCUUUUUGAUACUAGCAGUAAACAGGAGCUUUGCCAUGUUGUCUUAAACUACAAACUUCAUUUCCAAAAAAGUUGGUAUACUUUCUAAAAAUACAAUAGGAAAAAGAAUAACUGAGUCCAUGUUAUUUACCUGAACCAUUGAGGAAACAGUGUCAAUUAACACAAUGUGUUUUUAAAAAUGACAUUAGAUCCUUCAUGCCAAAGACAGACAGAUCAAACCAACGGUCCCUAGGAUAUGCCAUUAAGGAUCUGCAUACAUGUGAAGUUGUACCACAUUUUUCAUUAUUCAUAAUAGAGUAAAUCAAACCGAUGUAUUCAGGUCUAAAAAAAAGAAAAACGGACAUGAUUUGUGCAUCUGCACCGCAGCAGGUCCAAACAAGACAUCUUUUCCCAGGUUCUUGUCCCAUAGAAAAGUCUAUGGGACAAAAACCACUGAAACGCCUACUGUAUAAAUUAUAAAAACAUUACUCUAGAUUGAAGAGGCAGUUGUUCAAUUUGCCCUCCUGUUGUUCUGAUUUGUCUACUAUUGAAAUAGUCCACAAAGAGGAAACUCAAACGUCAAGGUUCAGACUUUUAGGCCGCUCAAAUCUUAUACACAAAGACAAACACUUAUAUACAAAAUCAGCAGCAACACGAGAACGUUCACACAACAACGCCACCAAAAUUUUGUGUUCUCAGUUUGGGUGUGAUGUGAAGAUAAUUCAAUGCCUGGAGUGUGUUGCAGGUGUCGGUUGCUAAAGUUUACUAAACAGAACUAUUUGGCUGUAAAACCUUCAGUAAAUAACAGAUUUGACAUUUUACUGUGUUUUUAGAAAGUGGACCAACUUUCUGAAAAUGGGGUUUAAAUCUGGUUGCCUGUGUGGGGACCACACUUGGCGGUAAAGAAGGGUGUGUUUAAUUGUUCGUCUGUGUGGGUCAGUGGGUUUAUUUGUGUCUUUAAAUUAUUUUUAAAACACGUUGGGGGAAUUUUACAAGGAAUUCUUUUUUUUUAUACCUGCAGCACACAUGUCUUAUCAUUAAGCCUUACACUUUUUCUAUUGGCUUUAAUAUCUGGAAAAACCCAGAUGAAAUGUGCGAGGAUUCAAACUUUCUUCUCAUAUCCCUUAAGGACAAUUUACAAAAAUG